ACUAUGUUUGCAACCUUGCAACCCCAACAAAGACAAGGGUUAGAAUGGCGUCGGAAUGUCCUAGCAUUGCCACUCUGAUGCCCAAGUAAGAAUCAGUCUAGAGAUGGGGAGCAAAGUGAGCUAAUGAAUAGUUUAGAAUGACUUAAUCUGUAAAAGAGAAGAACCUGGUUGUUUCCCGCUUGCUCCCUUUUUUAUGCUAUCUUUCAUGACUGAUGGUCCCGUGUAGGUUUGCUAGAGGGAUGAAUAGUCUGUAAUAUAAAUUUAAAACUAAUUUUUUGCUACUUACUUAGCAAGGUCAAACACAUAUUAAUUAGACAGAUAUAACAUGCAAAAAAAAAAAAAGUAAGAGAUAACAAAAUUUACUUGGUUAUAAUUAGGAAUGUUGUUAAUCUAAGGCAAAUAAUAGUUCACUAAGAUUCUCUUUCGUUGUGUGCGGAGGAGUCUCUUAUACGGAUUAAAGCAUGAAUAAAAUAAAAAGGAAUUUUGAAUAUAGUGUGUGCUGCAUUGAACUAUGAGGGGCAGGGUAUUAUUUAUAGCCCACUGAUUGAAAUAACCAUUGCUGAUGUGAUAGCUCCCGGGCCCCUAGACCCGAUCUGGGCGCCUGGACGUGGCCACCUUGAUUUACUCUACAACGGAUUCCUAUAACCAUUUAUCGGUUCCCAGGUGCCUAGAUGUGGUUAGGGCACUUGGAUUUUGUUGACGUAGGCUCCGCGCUAAUUCUCUUCACCGCAAUAGCUAUUUGAUGUGGCCUGAAGGGAUCUAGGUGCUUGAACCUGGUCUAGGGGUAUGGACAUGGUCAACUCAGUAAUUGACUUUUAUCCGAUCGCUUGGGUGAUAUUCCGACCGUCCAAAAUUGAGCUCACUUUAACCCAACUCCGGCCUUCUUCUUGAGCAGUGCUUCUCCCCGGCUUCUCGUCUCUCGAAACGCUGCGCGCGUGCUUCUCGUCCGUUGGUUUACUUUUCCGCAGCACAUCAUCUCUCAAAUGCACUGAGCCUGUCGAUUUGUUUCCUAUGUUAAUAUUCUCGCUAACUGCGUCUUCUGCUCGACUUCUUAUGUUCCUAAGUCCCUGUACACUUAGACAGACACAAUACAUCAAAAAUAUAAAAGCUAACUUAACUCAAUUAAUCAUAUAAAAAUCAACUCAGAGUACUUACAAUAACUUAUCAUCUUCCGUGCAUUAGUGAAUAUUUAUUUCUCUUAUCAAUUUUUAUACCUUCUGAGUGCUUUAAUGGUUAUUAAUGAUUUAUUAUUAAUGCCUAAUGAUGAUUAUCAUUAACGCCUAAAAAUCAUUAAUGCCUUCAACCUUUCAUCUUCACCCUAUUGAAUACUAUCGCAUACUGAUAAAUUAUUAGCCUGAUGGGACCAUUCACAUGAAAGGCCUAUCCACUCGAGAGAACUUGGACAUCGUCGGUCGGGGACCCGAGUUAUAGCCACUCAGAAGUAGUCACGAAUGUGUAUUCAAGACACGAUCCUCGCCAUCAUUCAUCCCGGUUGACUGAGCUAUUCUUGUCCCUAUCAACUGAGUUAUCAUCGUCCUAGUCGGCUGAGCUGUUCUCCUCCCGGUUGGCUGAGCUAUCCUCUCAAUCAGUCGAGCUAUCCUCAUCCCAAUCGGCUCAGCGAUCCUCGUCCCGAUCAAUAGGUUUUGAGCUGAUUUAUAUCUAACUUCUCCAUUAUAUAGAGAGAUAUCUUGACUUGUGAAAAAUAUAUGAAAGCUUUACCAUUCCCCAUAUGAGAGGGAUUAAGGUGGUUUCCGUAUUAUACGCUUCUUACAUCGUUCAUUGGUCUACACAAUUAUUAAAAAUAUAUAUAAUAUAAAAAUAAAGAUUAGUGGAUUUAUUCACAGUUCAUUAAUUUAAUUAUUCAUUGAUGGAUCAAACUAGCUUAUGGUAAGAUCAAAUUAAAUUUAUAAAAUUACGGAUUAGAUUAUGCCGUGUUAAAUUCUGUCAUCUCUAAUUGGAACUGCUUCAAUUUAUAGAUAAAAGAAUGAAACUCAAAAUUUAGAGCAUUUUCGACAAAGUAAUUAACGGGAGUAAACUGAACUUUGUGCUAAGCUUACCCUUCACCGAAAGAGAAACGCGGGGAACUUCAAUGUCAAGUAUCUUCGAACGGUUCAAAUGAAGAGGUAACGUGUCCGUCUCAGAAAUCGAUCGACGACACAGCAGCUCAUCUACCACGGGAACCAUAGCGAAAGGCUCACUCUUAAUUACUAUCUACUAAAGCGCGACGAUAAAGGGCGGCCUACAUCCAGCUCCUCAGAUCGGGCGGAUCCGGUUCGAUGGCAGCGGACAAACUGGUGUUCGCCAUCAACGGGGAGCGCUUCGAGGUCGCCAAGGUGGAUCCUUCCGCCACCUUACUGGAGUUCUUGAGGACCCGCUCCCGAUUUACUGGUCCUAAGCUUGGGUGCGGAGAGGGUGGAUGCGGUGCUUGUGUUGUUUUUCUUUCUAAAUAUGAUCCAGUUAGUGGCCAAGUGAAUGGAUCCAGUGUUAGUUCAUGCCUUACCUUACUUUGCAACAUAAAUUUAUGCUCUGUUACCACCACUGAGGGGCUUGGGAAUAGCAAGGAUGGUUUCCAUUCGAUUCAUCAAAGAUUCGCAGGAUUCCAUGCAUCCCAAUGUGGCUUUUGCACUCCUGGAAUGUGUAUGUCACUCUUUUCUGCCCUCAACAAUGCAGACAACACCAAUAGGCCUGAGCCUCCCAGAGGGUUCUCAAAGAUCAAAAAAUAUGAGGCUGAGAAGGCUAUUUCUGGCAAUCUUUGUCGAUGUACUGGAUUUAGGCCAAUUGCAGAUGUCUGCAAGAGCUUUGCAGCCGAUGUUGAUUUGGAGGAUUUGGGUUUUAAUAUAUUCUGGGAAAAGCCAGAAGAUGCAAAUGUGGAAAGAUUGCCUCCUUACAAUCAACACAACGUCUGCACUUUUCCUGAAUUCUUGAAGUGUGAGAUCAAUUCUUCCAUGAAUACCUUGAAGAGUUUCAAGGAUAAUGGUGCACUAGAGUGCCAGUGGUAUCGACCUGCUAGCUUUGAGGAGCUUUAUGAACUUCUUAAUUCCAGUGAAUUCAUUGAAAGUCAUGUUAAAAUGGUUGUGGGUAACACAAUGUCUGGCGUUUACAAGGAAAUUAACCUAUAUGAUAAGUAUAUUAGUCUAACAGGAAUACCAGAACUCUCGAUCAUUGAAAGGGAUAGCAAAGGGUUUACACUUGGAGCUGCUGUGACAAUAUCUAAAGCAAUUGAAGUGCUGAAAGAAAGAGAUGGAAAUGUAUUGAAGACAGAUGGAGAAUUGGUCUUUGGUAGAAUUGCUGAACAUAUGGAUAAAGUGGCUACACCAUUUGUUAGAAAUAUGGCUAGCUUGGGUGGGAAUCUGAUUAUGGCUCAAAGAUACCAGUUUCCUUCAGAUAUUGCUACAAUACUGCUUGCUGCUGGAUCAACUGUUUGUCUUCAGAUGGCUUCAGAAAGGCUAAUUCUUUCACUUGAGGAAUUUUUGGAGGGGCCUCCAUAUGAUGAUAGAACCAUACUUGUAAGCAUACAUAUUCCUUAUUGGAGUUCAGCAAGUAUCUCAUCAUCUGGAACUAGUAAAUACAAUAUUAUAUUUAAAACAUACAGAGCAGCUCCACGACCUCUUGGGAAUGCUGUGUCUUAUCUAAAUUCUGCUUUUUUGGCUCAUGUUGCUUCUGAUAGGUCCUCUGGGGAUAUUGUUUUACUGAAACUGCACUUGGCUUUUGGUGCUUAUGGCACUGAACAUGCCAUCAGAGCUAGGAAUGUUGAAAAUUUUUUGGUUGGUAAAAUGCUCACGGUCUCUGUGCUAAUUGAAGCCAUUAAAUUAUUGAAGGAGAUCAUCAUACCUAAAGAAGGCACUUCUCAUCCAAGAUACAGAAUAAGUUUGGCUGUUGCUUUUUUGUUCAAAUUUUUUCAACCACUAUCUAAAGACUUGGCUCAGGUUGAGAAGAAUAAUCUUCACAUUCCAGAUGUCAUAUUGUCUUCAAAGCAAUUAGUUGAGUUUAGCACAGAAUACUUUCCUGUUGGCAAACCAAUCAAAAAAGUUGCAGCUGAAAUUCAAGCCUCUGGUGAAGCACUAUAUGUUGAUGACAUUCCUUCUUCUAAAGAUUGUCUCUAUGGAGCAUUUAUUUAUAGCACCAGACCUUUUGCUCGUAUAAAGGGAAUUACAUUCAACCCUACUUUGGUGUCUAGUAAGAUUGUUGCUUAUAUUAGUAUCAAUGAUAUCCCAGAAGGAGGCAAAAAUGUCGGAUCUAGCUUUAGAUUUGCUGAUGAACCAUUAUUUGCGGAUUCUUUGACUGAAUAUUCUGGUCAAUGUCUUGGAAUUGUGGUUGCAAAAACACAGAGAUAUGCCAACAUGGCUGCAAAACAAGCAAUUGUACAAUAUUCCACUAAAGGCUUGGAACCUCCGAUUCUCUCUGUUGAAGAUGCUGUCAGAAGGUCAAGUUUCUUUGAUAUCCCUCCAUCUCUGUAUCCUAUAGAAGUUGGAGAUCUAGCCAGAGGAAUGGAUGAAGCCGAUCACAAAAUUCUCUCAGCUGAGGUUAAACUUGAAUCUGAGCAUUACUUCUAUAUGGAAACACAAACAGCCUUUGCCAUACCUGAUGAAGAUAAUUGUAUAGUGGUUUACAGUUCUAAUCAAUACCCUGAGGGUACCCAGGGUGUUAUUGCAAAAUGUCUUGGAAUACCACAACAUAAUGUUCGUGUGAUUACAAGAAGAGCUGGAGGAGGUUUUGGUGGGAAAGCCACUCGAUCAAAUCCUAUUGCAACAGCAUGUGCUCUCACAGCCUUUAAGUUGCGUCGUCCAAUAAAGAUGUACCUUGAUCGUAGCACGGAUAUGGUAAUGGUAGGAGGGAGGCAUCCAAUGAAAAUAACCUAUUCUGUGGGUUUUAAAUCCGAUGGAAAGAUUACGGCCUUGUACUUGAAUUUGUUGGUAAAUGCAGGCAUAUCAGAGGAUUAUAGUCCACUUAUUCCAUAUGCCAUUAUAAGUUGUCUAAAAAAAUACAACUGGGGUGCCCUCGCCUUUGAUAUUAAACUAUGCAAGACGAAUCUUACAAGUAAAUCAUCGAUGCGAGCACCAGGGCAGGCACAGGGAUCUUACAUUGCUGAAGCUAUUAUUGAGCGUGUAGCAUCUUUCCUGUCCUUGGAUGUCGAUGUUGUGAGAAAAAGAAAUUUGCAUACAUAUGAAAGCCUGAAGUUUUUUUAUGGAAGUAGCAGUGGAGAAGCUCCGGAAUAUACUUUACCUGCUAUAGUUGAUGAGUUGUUUACAUCUGCAAGCUACUUCAAUCGUCUUGAAAUGGUAUUGCAUUUCAAUAGUUGCAACAAAUGGAAAAAACGAGGGAUUUCUUGGGUACCAAUUGUAUAUGAAGUGGAACCAAUGCCAACACCAGGGAAAGUAUCCAUUCUAAAUGAUGGUUCAAUUGUUGUUGAAGUCGGAGGAAUUGAAAUAGGCCAGGGACUGUGGACAAAGGUGAAGCAAAUGGCUGCAUUCGGUCUCGAACAGCUAUGGGAUGAAGAGAAAAAAUAUCUUUUGGAUAGGGUUAGAAUCAUUCAAGCAGAUACUCUGAGUUUGGUUCAGGGAGGUUUAACUAUUCGAAGCACCAAAUCUGAAUCAAGCUGCGAAGCAGUUCGUCUAGCAUGCUCUAUUCUAGUCAGCAGAUUAAAGCCUCUUAAGCAAAGUUUGGAAGAACAAAUGGGAUCAAUUUCAUGGGACACCCUUAUUACCCAGGCAAAUUUGCAAUAUGUGAAUUUGUCAGCGAGUACAUUUUGGGUUGCUGACGAUACUUCAUCAUAUCUAAAUUAUGGGGCUGCUAUAAGCGAGGUAGAAAUUGAUGUUCUCACUGGAGCUAUUACGAUAUUGAGAGCAGACCUUACAUAUGACUGUGGACAGAGCUUGAGUCCUGCCGUGGAUCUAGGACAGGUUGAAGGGUCUUUUGUUCAAGGAAUUGGAUUUUUUGUGUAUGAGAAGCUCGAGGAAAACUCAGAUGGAUUGGUGAUUUCUGAUGGUACUUGGUCAUACAAGAUCCCUUCUAUCGACACCAUCCCGAAGCAUUUUAAUAUUAGAGUAAUGAACAGUGGGCAUCACAAGGACCGAGUCCUCUCCUCGAAGGCUUCUGGGGAACCACCUUUGCUUCUAGCUGCUUCAGUUCACUCCGCCAUACGGAAAGCAAUACGAGCUGCCCGAGCUGAUUUCUCCUCAACUGACCCUAACGAUAGCUCUGUUUCAUCAUUCCAGUUUGAUCCUCCUGCAACCAUGCCACUGGUAAAAGAGCUCUGUGGUCUAAACACUGUGGAGAAAUACUUGGAAGCUCAUGGAGAAGUAUAAGAUAGCGUUUGUGCCCAUAAAUGAAUGAAUGAAUGGAUAUUUAAAUAAGAAAUGGUAUGCCAGAGGAGAUGAUUUUCCCGGUACA